UGAUUCGACAUAAUAAGUACCUUAUCGCGUUCCUUAUAAAAGACAAUAUGAUCAGAGAAAAAGGAAAAGUUGAUUUCAGCUGUUAAUAUCCAAUUACGGAACAAUUACAUAAAAUUUAGCUCUGUUCGAUCGGAAAGAUCCAAUCACUGCAACGCUUUAGUGGCUUCCACCGAAACGUGUAGUUUGUAAAAAUUCUAGAACCAGAGAAAAGAGGCUAGUCGUAAUCAGGAGUCACUAGAUCCUCGGUCUUCAACAUCAUUUUUUCUUUCGUUUCUGCUUCACGAUGAUACUCGUGCAGCGAUAUGUUUGAAUUAACAGCUUGCGCGUGUGUACGUGUAUGUACAGCAAUUACAAUGGGUUCUAUCUAUGAUAAUGUGCAGCGUUGAGUGGGACUUGGAGAUAAGCAUUCCGAGCGCGAUUAAUCAUCGUGAUCUCAUGGUUCUGAGUGUUUAAAAGUCGUCAAUGAAUACACCGUAGUUGCUAACGUUCUUUUUUCAAUAGGUUCAAACAUAGCGUACCCCGAUAUAAGUAUUCAUGCCUUUUCUGGAAAAUUAUACAACCAGCAACAUGGAGGAAUAUGCUGUAGUAUCGGACGUAUCGGUUGUAGAUGUAUAUGACAUUGCUUCGGAAAUAGGGAAAGAAUGCGAGAAACUCAUAGAUUCUUGUGGAGUGGACUCUGUGACCAAUCUUAUGCCAAAAGUGAUACAUGCUUUAGAGCUAUUGGAAAACCUUGCGACUAAAAAUGAACUCGAGAAUACAAUAGUCCAGGAGUUACGUGCAAAGAUUUCGCAAUUGGAAACUGACAAGAUUGGGAAAGCUGAAGACAGGCAAAGAUUUGAAAAGGAACUGGAACAAAUUGAAGAACAUUGGCGACAAGAGUCUCGUGAUUUAGUAGGAAUGGUUACGAGAUUACAGGAAGAGAAUAGACGAUUAGCAGAGGCUCUACAAGAAUCGCGUAGUGAUAGUCAGUACAGCAGUAAACAAACCUUUACAGCUAGCCAAGAAGUCGAUGUAGCAGUGUUACAACAUUUAAGAUCCAUGAUAGACAAGCAAAGAGAUCAAAUUCGAGUAAGAGACAAAGAAAUGCUGCAGAAGAAUAUGGAAAUAGAAAAUCUAACAGCGCAAGUUGAAAAGCUUCAGGUAGUUGGCCGAGAAUUGAAGCGCAAACAACGUCAAGCGCAAAUGCAGGCUCGCGGUUUGGUGGAAGAAAGAGCCGAUUUUUUAGCGCAGUUGCAAGAUCAAAAUCGUGAAUUGAUAAAUUUGCGAGCCCGUCUCGGUUUGGCGAAAAAAGAAAACGAGGAUUUAAGUAAAUUGCAAGGAUAUCCAGACCUAACGAAUAAAGCUGUGUACGAUCUAGACGAUCCUGAUAGGCCAAGGUUUACGACCGCCGAGUUGAAAGAAAUUCUUCACGAACGGAACGAAUUGAAGGCCAGGGUUUCAGACUUGGAAGACGAACUGGAACUUUAUCGACCAAAGCCUGACCCAGUGGAGGAUGACAAAGAUGCUCCUGUCCAAGGACCACUUCCUUACGAACCGGACGACGCGCCAUGGAAAAGAUCUGAAUCUGGAAUUCGUAAAUUUUUCCGAAAAAUUUUCUCCGAGACUAGCAGUAGCUUUUUAGUCGGUAGUACCCCGCGCAGAAGUCUUUCUAGUCUAUCGAAGAUGGCCCUAUCCGGAAGCAGUACAUGUAACGAGUCUGUAUAAUGAUUUUUUAACGAGUGACGAAACAACUUUUAACGUUUCACGAGAAAUGAUAGAAUGUAAUGCUCUUUGAUCUACGUCUAGUAUUUUAGUCCUUGGUAACGAGUACGCAUUCAGAAAAAUUAUUUUAAAGUAUUCGUAGCUCUUCUAGAUACCAUGAUUAAUCAUUGUAAUUAGAUGAUCGACUGAUACGAGUGUAGGCAUUUAUACAGAAACGAAACAUCCAAGUAUGUGCAUGUGCAUUAAUAUAUAUAUAUAUUUACUAUUUACAAAGAUCGGAAAAACACUGUAACAUUCACCCAUUGUUGUCCUUAAAAGUAAGUUGUCAUUCUGCAAAGGUUAACAUGUUGAUAAUAAUAUGUAUAAUAGUAUCUUUUUUAUUUAAUAAUUUAAAUCAAUUGCAGUAUAAAAAAUAAAAUUAGGCAACGUUAGUUUUAGCUUCGGAAAUCGGUGAUAUUCUUUCUAAACGAUAUAUUUAUGUUUAAGGAGAAAUAGAUGUCUAUAGACGACACAA